ACAACCUACUCUGAUCGAGGCCUUCAUUUGGGCAAAGUUUCAGAUCGAAAUUCGAAAAUAUGAUUUUGCUGUAGAACUAGGGUCCAGCAGGAAAAAUCCGGUAAAAAUUCGAUAUCUCUGUCAAAUUUCAAUAUGGACACAAAUCCUUUGGAGGUUUCUCUAAUCUAGUGGUCCCCUACCUAAUGGACAACAUAUGAGCUCAAAAGCUUUUAAUCACUUGGGAACGUUCCCUCGUAAGGCAAACUUCCGUCUGUGUAAAUUUAUAGAGUUCUUUUAUUAAUGAGAGGUCGCAAAAUACAAUGAAUAUUUCUGGUUUGUUGACAAACUAACCAGUACGAUGCAAUUGAUCUAUAAUAAUAAUACAUCAAUUAAAUUCAUGUAUAACCACAAUGCAACAAGAACACAUGAUAGAAAUUGCAAUAAAACAAUGUUGAAUCACUUUCUAUUAUUAUAUGAUGAAUAAAUAAUUCUAUUAAAACAGACUUUAAAUAUAAAAUAACUUUUUCUUUUUUAAUUUUUUACAUUCCAUCUAAACAGCUAGUACUCGUCUACGAAAUGCUAAUCUUCAAUCACGUGCACGUGAAUUAUUAAAAAAAGAUGGAAAAAAACCACCGAAAACAGAAUCUGAAGAUAAUGAUAAUAAUUCAACAUUAAAUCGUACAUUAUUACCUGAUUAUGAUGGUGUUGUCUAUACACUUGAUGCUAAAUUAUUUGGUAAUAUAGGACGAUAUUUUAAUCAUUCAUGUUCACCAAAUAUAGCUGUACAAAAUGUUUUUGUUGACACACAUGAUAUACAUUUUCCGUGGAUAGGAUUUUUUGCUACAAAAACAAUUCGAUCAGGCACAGAAUUAUGUUGGGAUUAUAAUUAUACAGUAGGUGAAAUAGCUGGUCGUCGAAUGGAUUGUCAUUGUGGUUCAGCUGAAUGUCGUCGUCGAGUUCUCUAG